CUCAUAAAUACAUACAACUGUUCAUUGUAUCUCUCUUUCUUCUUCUCCAACUGAUUUCAAAUCUCAAAUAAAUCUUCCCCAAAUUUAGAACGAACAAACAAACUUCAGCUUGGUAACGUCGGGGAUGUUUGGUUAUGGUGGAGGAUCGUGGAUGUGUGAGCUGAGGCUAACGGUGCAGUGAGUUAUAGUGUGAUGUUUUACGAGUUUGAAGUAGGAUGCAGCAAUGUCAUGUUUAUCUAUUUAGAGCUUAAAACCAACAGAUGGGUUCAAAUGCAGUUGAUGAUUUGAUAGAAGCGUCAUCAGGAGUUCAUUAUUCUGGAUUCCAUAUGGAGCAGCCACGUACUCCAGAAAUUGAGCAACCAACAACCUCUAUAGAUGAUAGUGUUCAUAGGCAACCCUUCAUCAUUGGCGUUGCUGGAGGUGCUGCAUCUGGCAAGACAACAGUUUGUGAUUUAAUUAUUGAGCAGCUUCGUGAUCAGCGAGUUGUACUAGUUAACCAGGAUUCUUUUUAUCAUACUUUGACUCCUGAAGAACUAACAAAAGUUCAUGAGUACAACUUUGACCAUCCUGAUGCAUUUGACACAGAAAAAUUGUUGUGUGUGGUGGAGGAAUUGAAGCAGGGGCAAGCAGUGGAUAUUCCAAAAUAUGAUUAUAAGAGUUACAAAAAUGACGUAUUCCCUCUUCGAAGGGUCAAUCCUUCAGAUGUUAUAAUCUUGGAAGGCAUACUCAUCUUUCACGAUCCACGUGUCCGAGAUCUGAUGAAUAUGAAGAUAUUUGUUGAUACAGAUGCCGAUGUACGUCUCGCGAGGAGAAUAAGACGUGACACAGCUGAAAAGGGAAGAGAUAUUAGUGUGGUGCUUGAUCAGUACUCUAAGUUUGUGAAAGCUGCUUUUGAUGACUUCAUUCUUCCUACAAAGAAGUAUGCUGACGUUAUCAUUCCCCGAGGUGGAGACAAUCAUGUUGCUAUUGAUUUGAUUGUGCAACAUAUUCGGACAAAACUUGGUCAACAUGAUCUUUGUAAAAUAUAUCCUAACUUAUAUGUCAUUCAAUCAACUUUCCAGAUACGUGGCAUGCAUACACUUAUACGGGAUGGUCAUACAACUAAACAUGACUUUGUAUUUUAUGCUGAUAGAUUAAUUCGAUUGGUUGUUGAACAUGGUUUAGGACAUCUGCCAUUUACGGAAAAGCAGGUGUUGACUCCAACUGGAUCUGUUUACAGUGGUGUUGAUUUUUGUAAGAGGUUAUGUGGUGUUUCAGUAAUUAGAAGUGGAGAGAGCAUGGAGAAUGCCUUGCGAGCAUGUUGUAAAGGUAUCAAGAUUGGCAAGAUCCUGAUCCAUCGAGAGGGUGACAACGGUCAGCAGCUGAUCUAUGAGAAACUACCACUAGAUAUUGCAGAGAGACAUGUCCUGCUGUUGGAUCCCAUCCUCGGAACAGGGAAUUCAGCUGUUCAAGCUAUUUCAUUACUGCUGAAGAAGGGUGUCCCAGAGUCCAACAUUUUAUUCCUCAAUCUCAUUUCUGUAAGUUCACUGAAUUAUCCAGUACAGGCAUUGCAUUCCUUCCAACUUUCUGCAACUACUACUUGUGGUGUUCAAUUUGCAACGGAGUUCUUGAAUAAUAACUGUUUUUCUUUAAAACUAGGCACCUCAAGGAGUACAUGUGGUGUGCAAGCGGUUUCCAAGAAUAAAGAUUGUGACAUCUGAGAUAGAAAUUGGUCUGAAUGACGAUUUUCGUGUUAUUCCUGGGAUGGGUGAAUUUGGUGAUCGAUAUUUUGGCACAGACGAUGACUAAACGAAGAGUUGUGGCCCCUCCAUACCCCGCAAUCACAUAAUGGGAGAUGUAACGUUCAAUUCCAAUUCAAAUUUUUUUAACGAUCUUUUAAAAGAAAAGAGUAAGAUGAGCAUGAUGAAAACACUUGUGUAACGGAUAAAUGGACAUUUUGAAGCAUUUUUGAGUAUACAAGCCUUAUAAACGUGAUUUCUUUUUUCACUCUA